AUGGGAUCUGCCGCGUCAAAGUCCGCUCGUCGGUAUCCAACAGCCAGCGCGCGAGGUGGUGUAGACCAAUUGCUGAAGGCGACCACGCCCCAGCCUAUCCCGAAACUUGAACGGCCCCCGAAACCUGUCAUAAGCCAGGAUCCAGAGCCGCUCGAGUCGGUUAUUAUGGCAGCAAAGGUUGGGGAAAAGAAACAGCAUACGGCGGGGACUAAGGCCGUAACUGCCGAUGACUUGCCGCCUCCGCCGCCGCGAGCUACGAGGGUGAAUGAUCCGGCAUUGGGAUUAGAGGAUUUUGAAGCUCCAGGCGGAAAUUAUAACUCACAAUUAAACAACAUGCUGAAGAGACUCGGCCCUGUUGAUUUGGGUGGCAGCGUUACACAACUAAACAAUUUCCGAACCAAUCCUGUGGCGCAAAUGUUCAAGGUCCGGGAUGAAGUGGCACGGCAAGGGAAGAAACAGGAAGAAGAUGUUACAUCAAAGCGGACUCUGUUUUCAUCUGGCGAGAUAGCUGAUAUUAUAGACUCAGCAAAGCAAGGAUGGUCCGAACAACGUAUCGAGGAGCACUAUAAUAUCGAAAAGGGUGUGCUCGCGAAACUCGGCACCGCAUUCUCCAAGUUCGAGCCAGCGCAGAAGAAUGAGCCUUUACACAAUGAACAGACAGGAAAUGAUUUUGAUCAGCUGGUGUCGCAUGGAGAAGAGUAUAUGGACACGGCGUUGAACGAUCUGGAGAAGAAAAAAGCUGAGGCUGCCGAAAAGAAUCAGACCGCACCUAAUGAUUCUUUUGUUGAUUUCGUAAACCGGAUCAUUGAUCAGCCAGGCACGCCCAAAGUGCGUGCAUCGAUCAAGUACGAGAGAGUGAAGCCUGCCGAGAAUGACGACGAUGAUUAUGACAAGCUGAUGUCGCACGGUGAAGAGUCGUUUUUGUUCAACGAUGCAAAGCAGGCAGAGACACCGAAACCAACCGAAGCCGACGGGGCUACAAAGCCAGCAGACACAAGGGCUCCUCCGGAGUAUAUCAAGAGGUAUUUUGAGCAAGAGCAGGGGAGCGGGAAGGCAUCGGUUUAG